AUGCGAGUAAUGAAAGAAGAACAAUUACCAUUGGAACAUCAAGAUAAUAACAAUGAGCAUAAAUCUCAAGAAAAUCAAUUUCAUAGAAGAUUAGCUGAAGACAAAGUCAAUAGUAUUCGUACUAGUGUAAAUGCAUAUCAAGUCACAUUGAUAGACCUAACAUCUGAAAAUACUAAAAAAACAACUCGAAGAUCAACAAUGACUGUUACUUUACCUGAAAUUAAACAUUCGGCAAUUGAUGACAAAAAUUCAAAACUUAAUGUUAAAACUCGAUCUGAUUCGAUGGACAAAUGUCCUUUAUGUUUUAUGAUAUUUCCACAGAGGAUGAAACAUGCAGAUCGAGAACAACACGUUAACGAACAUUAUACAUAA